UUUGUUUAGUAAAUGAAAGUGUUGUUUAAACUUUUAAGUAGUUUAAAGUAUAAAGUAGUCUGAAGAUUUUACAUUACCGACCUUAAUGGAAUGUCUGGCAGAAGGUGUAGAGUGUCUAACUGUGGCAACAAAAAAAGUGGAAAUGUUAAAUUAUUCGGUUUACCAAAGGCGGGCCAACGACGAGACCUGUGGUUGAAGAGAAUGGCGAUAAUAAAUUAUGGCAACACUAAGGUGGAAAACCUGUUUGUGUGUUCACUUCAUUUUUUAUCAGGAAAGCCGAGUGGUGAAUUCAACCUAAAACAUGUUGAUUGGGCACCAUCUAUCAAUUUGGGAUUACAAAAGCCAAAACUAUGUUUAGUUGGUGAACAACUAGAUGAUGCACAUUUGGACAGACACAAGGAUCCACCUAUUACAUUGAUGGCUGAGGAGAGUGUGGGAAGUGUUAUUAUUUCACCCCAAACAUUGAAUAGUGUUUCUUCAUCUAGUGAUUCACCAAUUGAAACUAAUGACAAACCCUCAAUUGACGCAGAACAAAAUAUCUCAGCAGUAGCAGACGCACCUAAACAUUUCAAACAAACAGACAGUGAUAUUGUGUCUAUUUUACCAAAGGGGAGGAGGAACAGGUGUGUUAUUAAUCUCUGCCGUUGGAGAAAUGAAAUCCAAAAUGACAAGGAGAGUGGGGUUACCUUCUUUAAAGUACCCAAAUCUUCGUUUAACGAAUGGAGUGCACUAGUUCCAUGUUUGAAAACAACGUCGUCUCAUCUCUGCAGUCGUCAUUUUGAUGAAGCAGACAUUAUCAAAGGACAAACCAUGAGUACUAAUGAGUUUUACCCUUAUUUACGCUGGAAACUAAGGCGAGGAGCAUUGCCCAAGCAUUUGUUAGAGGAAAUUGAGGAAACUGAUUCACAAGUUACAAAAUCUAAGUGUAGGCCUACCGAAGUGCAAAAGCAACCGAAGGUUUUAAAAGCUGUAAAAUCUCCACUAGUUAGUAGGCAAGACCAAAUCCGAAAAUUUCUACCUGUUACCAAUCAAGCCCAGUCAACAGUACGAACAGUUCUUCAGUCAUUAUCUCCAAACAAGGAAACUCCACUGCAAAAGAAUAAUCCACAACCUUUGCCAAAUCAGAAAGCUAUAUCUCCAAGGAGUGGUGAUGACCAUGAUUAUGCAUUACCUUUACAAGAAGAACUACAGGCUGUUGAUGAACCUCAGGACCCGGACCCUCUUUCUCUGUCACCACAUGAUGUUCUAGUGGUUCAGAUGGAUGAUUGUCAAACCGAUGCAAAUACUAGCCAACAAAUAUCCAGUACAGCCGCUGAAGAUCAAAUUGAUCAUGAUUACGCCUUUUGUGUGCAAGAGGAAGACCAACCUAAACAUCCGAACCCUAUAUUACUUUCCAGCGCUCCGAAUGUUCAACUUGCAGAACCAAUUGAAAAUCAAGACAUUGACACAUCCACUUCCGAUGUUCCUACUUCAAAAUACGUUGUCGACGAUGCUGCUUUCAGAUGUUUUUCGUCCUACGUGAAACUUCCGUCCCAAUCUUCUUGGGUGUGGUCUCUCAAUAAGAAAGACAACAUUUUGUGCUGCUCAAACUGUAGCUUGUCGAGAGGCGGUUCCUUUAUCAUCAAGACUGUCAGAAUAAUAAGCGAGAGUGAGAUCUCGUUCCUUAUCAAUGGAAACACUAUUCCACCUAUAAAUAAUGUUGCCCUGAAUUUCACUACAUAUCAAGAGCUAUCCGCACUGAUUUGUAGUUUUAAUGUGAAGAGAUACUGCGAAGGUAUUCGGCAUCCAUCACUGAAAAACGUCAAAGUUUCAGACCGGGUGUCCGGUGUGAAAGACACAAGUGGGAAAUGGCGUUCAAAGCACUGCGCAUACAUAACAGACUCGAUUUACCAAACUGUUGACACUUGUUCCAAGUGUAAUCUAUUCAAAAAAUACUUGCAGAGAAGGGCAGCCGUUGCGUCGAAGAAAAAAGAAGCUAUAGAAAAAAGGAAGGAGAAAGUUAAAAUGUAUAAACGCAUGAUCUGCAGCUUAGAAAAAAAGAAUAAGGAAAGAUCUGACGAGAUAGAGACGUGGCGGCGGGAUUUCCGGAAACUGCACACAAAAUGGAAAAGAAAGAUAGCAGCAGAAUUGAAAGCCAAACAAAAAACCGUUAAGAAAUAGGAAAAAAAUACUGAAAUUUGAAGAAACAUCACUGUGCCUUGUUACAUUGAUGUGUUUCAAAGUUUCCUCACCUGAAAACUAGGAAUAAAAUUGCUUUUUUUUGUA